AUGUCAGUGCCAACUAUUUCCUAUCAAGAAAGUGAAGAGGCAGAACAUCUCUUGUUUAGAGAUGAAAGCAUGCGAGGUCAAUUGUUUUCUGAACUAUCACUAUUGGUGUUGAGUGCUGGUAAUCAAAUAGACUACACAGAGUCUCGUGGACCGCUGAAAUUAAGACUAAUGAUACACGUUAUGGAAGUGGCUUCCAAAUACCCUUCUUUGGGUGCACUUCUUAUGUUUUCCCCGAGAAAGAUAGAUGAAAUUCUGACUAGAGUUUUAAUGCAUUGGCUUCUUGAAGAAGCAGAAGCAAUAACAGAAGUAACCAGAAAAGUAGGAGGAAUAGAAAAAGAAAUGCAAUUUACCGGUUUCUCUAGUGGUUGUCGACAUAUGGUAUCAAAGGUAUACUUGUCAAGUGUUCACUGUGGACCAGAUGAUAAUUGUGGUUGUCCAAUAUGCCCAUGGACACUUCAAUGGCCAUGGAGUUUUUGGGAAUCAUUACGUUCAAGAAUGAUAAGAGUAAACGUAAAUGUUGCCAUAAUUUCCUUGCCAAGUUUUCUCAUAUUAUAUACACAACACUUUCCCCUUAAACGACCAAGUGACUUGGUAAUAGGAACAGAAGAAUGGGUAGAAGUAAUAGGACAAGUAACAGGAAUCUUUUUUUUACAUCGUGAAUCUAAUAUACCAGAACCUAUGGUGGAAUUACAGCCUUUGCUUUCUAGUCGUGAUGGAGUAGCUAGAGAAUCUACAAUUUGGCUAGAUUUUUCUCUUUUACCUUCGUCUGAUAUACAGGCUUCGGCAAUAGUAGGUGAACGAAUUCAAGCCAUGGGUCUUUUAGAAAUAGCUUCCGGUGAGUUUGGUACAAUGUUGUACAAUAAACGUAAUAAUAAUAAUAAUAAUAAUAAUAAUAAUAAUAAUAAUAAUAAUACUUCUUCUUCAACGCAACUUGUUUUGGAAACCCGAGCUAUUCGUACGACUAAGUUUCUUUCUCAGUGGUCUCAGGAUCCAUUAAAGGUAGUACCAGGUGUUUCUAAAGUUGAUAUGACUGCUAUGAGUUCAUCUUCUUUUAUUAAUGGAAAUUGUUUUUCUAUUAACAAUGAAGAAGAUGAGAUGAUUGCCCUUUUACAAGCAAAAUGUUCUUGGGAAAGUGUAGCAGGUGCUGCUGCAUUUGCUUCAGCAAAAACGACUGGUGGUUUUAAGCAAGAUGAUGAUAAAUGUCGUCCACAAGCACUUUUUGCAUCUGCAAAGGUGUUUGUAUUACCGACAGCACUUUGGGCUGCUAUUGGAAUUACGCUUACAUCUGCAACUAUACCAGAUGGUACUAUUGCAACUUCAGUUGUUGGCCCCUCUGAUACUCUUUCGGUUUUACAGACUUUCUUAUUAGAGCUGGGAACUGAAACGAAUUUGGUAUUGCCUCUCUUACAUGGAAUGGAAAACACAUUACUUCCUAUCUAUACAAGGAUGAAUGUUUCUCAAUUAUCUAUUCCUAUUAAUGUUGAAGCAGGACAACGUAUUGAAAUGAUACGUGGAGGAUUACUUAAUGCAGCAUAUAAAAGACUCCUUUUCGCUCCUUCCUUACAUACAAUUACUUCAUCAGCUAUACAAGCUGUACAAGGAGUUCUAGAAGAACAUGAACAUGUGGUAAUUCGUGAAGGAGGACAACGUGUAAUCUGUAGAGCUACAGGCUCUAUUAUUUCUAUUACUCAAGAAUUACAACUUGUACAAAAUCGUCAUCUAUUUCAGUUUGUAGAAAGAGGAGAUGUAGUCGUAUCUGUCCCUUUUUCUUCAUUUCUUCCUAUUCAAAAUCAGGCAGAUUUAUUACUUCAAAUGUUCCCUAUAGUUGGUGAGACUGAAAAUAAUAGUAUUGUGUUUGAUUUUGUUAAUCGGUGUACAAGUCAGUGGAAUACAUGGUGUAGAUGGGCACUAUUUCCAUCUAUAAAUGAAACUUCUAUUCCUCAACUCUCUUCCGCAUGUGCUGCACUGCUUCACGCUUUUUUUCUAAGUGCUAAAGCUAACUGUGCGCAAUCGGCAGAUACUAGUAUGAUGACUAGUUUAGUGAAACUCACCUGGGCCCAUGCGCUUAUGCGUCAGAGAGCACAUCAAAACUCUUCAUACAAAAAUUGCAUGAAAACAGAUUCAACCAUGUGUCUUUGUGGCGUAGUAAACUCAAAUGGUGAUAAAUCUACUGCGAUUAUUGAUGCUAUAAUAGCAAUUGCACUUUGUGAUGCAUCUCUAAAGUUUAUAGUUGGUAUAUCCCUUAUAGGGGAACCUUCUGUUUUUGAUUUAAUAUCUGAAAACGAUCAGUUUGAUGUGGUGCAAUUUGCAAAACAAUUGUAUGAGUACCUUCUCUCUACAGUAGCAGAGAAAACAAUCUGA